AUGAUUAAUAUUACCUUUAUGUUCAUUACACUAACUUUGACUAUUGCAAAUUCAUAGGAUAUACCAGAUGUUAAAAUAUAUAUAGAAUCACUCUGCUCUGAUACAUUAAAAUCAAUGAAGAUGAUAUCUGAUCAAACAAUCGAAUCAUUAGAUUAAAUAGCCAAAGUUGAAUUUAUACCAUCUGGAAAAAAAAAUCCAAAAGGUCAUCAUGAGCCAAAUACUUACAUUACUAAUUGUUAGAAUAAUGAAAAAGAAUGUUAUGGAAAUAUGAUUUUAGCAUGCGGUCUCAAUUUAUAAAAAAAUUAAGUUGAGAGUACAAAGUUUGUGAGAUGCUUCUUCAAAGAAUAAUCUGGAGAAGAGUUUUUUGAUAAGGAAAUAGAUAAAUGUAUAGGGAGUGUAUAACAAAAACUAUAGGUUAAAGCUUGUGCAAAUGGACCUUAAGGAAUAGAGCUUUUAUAUAGAAAUAGAAUGAAAACUCCAGAUUUAAGCUUUGUUCCUUCUAUAGCGAUAAAUGGAUAGAUAGAUAAAUUAAAAGAAGAUUUUGGGAAAUUAAUUUGUUCUAAGAUGAAUUCAUCUGUUUGCAAAGGUUUAAAAUGGGAUUGA